UUCCUAGAACCAUGCACUCUUAAUGUAACUGAUAUGGACAGCAACAACAUAGAGUUGAAAUGGAGACAGGAAGAGUUAAUUUUCCUACAUGGAGAUCUCAUAGAGUUUGAAUGUAAACAGGGAUAUAAUUUUCUCCACACUACCAUUCUGUCUCCUGGGAGGACACAGUGUGACCAUGGCAGACUGAAAUAUCCAAAAUGUGUUAUGCAAGCUCCUACAGAAAAAUGUGACUCUCCACCAUCUAUUGCAAAUGGAGCUCUUACUCUCCCACCACUGACCCAGUAUGACAGUGGUUCCUCAGUUCAGUAUAGUUGCUCUGACUAUCAUUUUUUGGAAGGAUCUGAGAGAAUCUACUGUUCUAAAGGGCAGUGGACUUUGCCACCAGUUUGUAUAGAGCCAUGUACUUUGUCAAAAAAUGAAAUGGAGAAAAAUAAUGUGCUGCUGCAAGGCUUCUAUGCAAAUCAGGUUUACUUUUACCACGGGGAUUAUGUUGGAUUUUACUGUAAACAGAACCAUUUUGGAGCAGAAUCUGGUACAACUUUAUUUCAAGUACAGUGUAAGAGAGGACAACUGACAUAUCCGAGGUGUGUUGAAAGAGGAAAAUAAGUCUGGACUCCAGGAAAGCCUAUAGGAAAGGUAAGGAGCCUCUAAAGGACAAGGCUUGAGGAACAAGAUAAAUCAGAAAGUAUUAAAAAAAUUCUUUAAGGGAUCUAUAAAACCAUUUAAAACAUAAUAAUAUGCAAAUUUUACUGAGUUGUUAAAAUAUUAAGAAUGAUAAUUAAGAAUAUUAAAAUAUCCAAUCCAACUACUUUGUAUGAUUUCCUAUGACACUUAAAUAUGGGUAUCCUUAAGGCUCUGCUGUGAACAUGUGUGACUGAAGAUAUGAAGAAAAUUCAGGAAUGUGGACAAUGUUUGCCUUGCACCCAUUUUAGUUGGUUUUAAUAAAAAAGCCACUAUAAGGGUUUCUUCUGUAUUUUAUGUCUAAACUUCAUCUGUCUGUGAAAUCAGUGCAUGCAUGGUGUUCUGUAUGGGUUUCCAAGGUUUUUGCAAGUGUUACAUGAAUAA